ACGGAAGUUGUAGGAGGAGGAAAUAACCGACCAACAACAAACAAACAACUGCAGCAUCCUCCCAUCCGUUUCCCCCGGUAAAAGCACUCAAUUCCCAGGUAACAGAAGCAGGAAUUAACCCCUGGAGCUCCUCCGUUUCGGCGGUUGUUAGCGUUGUUUCUCUGCCGCUCAGCAUGACCUCUCACCGGGUGCUUCAGUCCCAGCUGUCCUCCAUCAUGGAGGCUCUGACCCGGGCUGCGGUGCUGGAGAUCAGCGAGCUGCUGGAGGAGAGCUGCGCCGGGUGGAAGAGCGAGAUUUCCCGCAGCAACAUGGAGAACCAGGCGCUGCGGAGGAGGCUGGAGCUCCUGGAGACCGUCGUCACCCGGGGAGGGAGGCUGGAGAGCGGCGGCGGGGAGGAGGAGGCAGCUGGGGGGGUCUUUGUGGAGGUCACUGUCGCUGCAGUCGGGGCCAAACAGCAGAAAACAGAAUUCACCAGCAGUGGAAGAGUCUCUGUGUGUGAGACUGCUAUAGAAAUGACCCAUGCUAUUAAAGAGGACUCCUCGAGCAGAGCCGCAGAGGAGUCGAGGGAACAGGAUGUUGUCGUUCUGAUAAAGGAGGAAACCACGAAAGAGGAAGUGAGCGACGAUGCAGACGAUCUGCUUCUCAACGAGGAAGGAUCGGCGGUGCAGCUGUUGGAUACAGACGACAGUGAAGCUGGACCCUCGGGGGAAACGAGGCUCUGGGACCAGAACAGUGAGGUGGCAUCGGAGCGUCAAAACUCCCAGAGUGCACCUGGGUCUCCAGGCCGAGGAGGCGACUCUUCAGACGUUGUUUUUGACGUGGAGUCGGAUUGUGAGUCUCCGGAUAAACAGUUCCUCGUCGUUGGGGCGUCGGGAGGAAAGAACUCGCUGCUUCCCGGGACUUCUGAGCUGAAAAUAGGCGGGUCUUUAAUCUCCUACGACUCAGAUAUCUGCUGUUCCUCGUGGACCAAUCAGACUCUCCCGUCUCACCGACUUCUCGACAACAACAGAUCCGAUAUAAACGUCCCAGCUUUCCCGUUAGCGCUCCAGCUCGCAGGAUCCCAACUGGACCCAUUGGAGAUGAGUCGGUUCUGCAGGGAUCGUCGUUUCGUCUGCAGUUACUGUGGGAAAUGGUUUACGUCGGGGCGAAGUUUGGAGACGCACCUUCGCGUUCACACGGGCGAGAGACCGUACAGCUGCGCUCAGUGCGGGAAGCGCUUCACGCAGUCCGGACACCUGAAGACGCACCAGAGCGUCCACACCGGGGAGCGGCCGUUCGGAUGUACGCACUGCGGGAAGAGGUUCGCCGGGAAGCAGAACCUGAGGAUCCACCUGCAGAAACACCAUCCGGAUCAACAGCAGCUUUAACCAGAAGAAGAAGAACAACUUGAUUUAUCCCAUGAGAGGAUAUUCAGUUUUCUGUGAAGGGGCCUGUCAACCUGCCACUACAUGAUAUGCGUAAAAAGGUUCAGCGCUGAGGUUGCCGUUUUGUUUCUAGGGAAAAGCUUAAAAUGGUAGAUUAUUUCAACGUUACAGCAGACCGUUUGAUGGACAACCAAUCAGGUAACAGCUUAACUGGAUUUUCACAGCAAGACUCUGCAGGAUGAGCUAAAGGGGCGGGACAUCUGUAAGCGGUUGACCAAUCACAACAGCGCUGGCCAGCUAACCAAUCAGAGCAGACUGGGCUCUGGU